AUGGGGCACCUGGUUGAGGGCAGAGAGAGCCUGGGCGAAGGCCAACAGCAUGUUCGGUACUGCACUGAGCAUGCUCAGUACGUCACCAAGAGGUUCCACCAGGACCAGCUCUGUAGUGCCGAGGGCCGAAGGCAGUUUGGGCCCAAGGAUAGAGAAGAGGUGAAGAUCAUUGAGCAUCAGAUGCAGAGCCUCAGGCUGAUGUCUCACCUGGCCACGGCCCUGGCCCUGACCUUCACCAGCAGGCAUGCGGCCUACAUCCUGGAUGAAGACAUCUUCCAGGGAAAGGAACUCAUCAACAGGCGCUCGCUGCAGUCGCUGAUGGCUGGGCUGAAGGCCUACAGUACCUGGGAGACGGUGAGCUGCCUACAGGACUGUCGUGAAUGCACCGGAGGCAUGGGUUACAUGAUGGAAAACCGAAUCUCAGGCCUGAAAUGUGACACAGAUGUGUUUGUAACCUUUGAAGGUGACAAUGUCGUCAUGCUUCAGGUCGUGGCCCGGGAGCUGCUGGCCCAGUACAGCAAGCAGCAUAAGAAAAAGCCGCUCCUGGGUCUGAUCCAGGGCUGGACUGAAACUGCCAGCGACAAGCUGAGAACCAGCUUCCUGGCAUUUAGCACUGACACAGUGGGCCAUCUAGCCUUUCUGCUGAAAGCAGUGACUUUUCGAGAAAGGGUCCUUCAGCGGAGUCUGGUGUCCAGAAUUUACUAUAAGGUGGCGGUCAGGAAGGAUGACUUCUUCAGUGUCUGGAACUCCUGUAUGCACCAUGUCAGCUCACUGUCUCUGGCACACAUUCACAGAGUUGCGCUAGAGCAGUUCUCCACAGCAGUGAGGAGCUGUCCCGACAAGGAGGACCAGGCUUUGCUAAUGAAGUUUUGUCUGCUGUAUGGAACAAAGCUGGUGUUCCAGGAGCGAGGCUGGUACUUAGAGCAUAAAUACCUGACUCCCACGGCCAGCAUGCGCAUCAGGGCUCAGCUGCUGGAUCUGUGCGAGUCCGUGAAGGAUGAUGCCCUGAAGGUGAUCUCCGCCUUCAACAUCCCGCACACCAACAUCCACGCACCAAUCGCAGGGAUCCCCAACCCCCAGGCUGCCUGGGCCUUCUACCCGGCGCCCACGCAGCCGCUGGCGCAGGAAGGGACACGCUCCCAGCUGGCCAAGCUGUGAGCCAGGCUCUUACCGGCG